CUCCGAAGACAAUCUGAUUCAAAAUUCGUCCUCCUCGUGAAUAACCAUUUGCAAAUAUGUCCAUCCAUCCCGUUUCAGAACUUGCUGCGCUCAAUUCGUCAACGUUGGGUACCGUCAUGCCUGAAGUCAGCCUGCCUGAUGGCACCAGAGUACAGACUGGCACAGUAGGGGCACUACUGCUCAACAUCAAGGCAUACAACCAAGCCCAUGCAAGUGACAAUCAAGGUCAGAUGAGAUCACUUCGCUCGGCGCUUCAGGCAGCUAUCCCAUUGCUGACCAAGGUUGGAAUGUUUGAAUUGUUUCCUCCGGAGGACUGGAUACGCGGCGACAAUGAAGGUCGGCAAAUGGUAGGGAGAAUGGCUAUCGAGUUUCAGCAGCCGCGAGAAAUAUAA